GCUCAGCAGCCAGCUGGAGGACUGGCAUUUUGGAGAUCGGUCAUCUGAGUGAAGCGUCUUGUUGGGAACAACAUCGGGAACAUCCGCGCGGUUACAGCAUUAAAUACGACAUUUCCAGCAGUUCUCCCAGGAGCUGAAGAAAGAAUACGUUCACACUCGGUGAUUCCCAUUGUAUGGAGCAGAGCAAGCUCUCCGGGAAGUGAGAUUCCCCUAUAAAAUAAUACGCAGCUUAGCAGAAUGCAAAACACGGAGCUGCAGAAGAAUUAAAAAGUUAUAGAUCUAACAGCCAACCGCGAAUAGGUCUGCUGCGACUGGACUGCAAUCAUGUAGCCACUUUUUAAUUAUGAAUUCAGAAGGAUAGGUCUAUGUCAUUUGCAGUUGCUAUGCAGGACACUUUGAAGAGUAGCUCGUAGGUUGUGAGGUGAACUCUCGGUGCGGGGAAACCAAAAACAGGACAGAGAGAGGUUUAUUUGCGCUCCCUGUCGCGUCUACGACGUUUGCAUCUCCUGCCACUCUAGCUAAACAUGGCUAGACUACGGAGGAAAGCUUGCAUAGCCCUGUUUCUCUUCACACUAUUCAUCUUUGGGACCAUGAUGGGACUGAGGACCCUAAAGCCCAGCGACGGCUUCUCGGAUCUGGCUCCGGGUUUGGAGCUCCUGCCGAUGAUAGCAGGGAAGAUGGACCGGCGCUCCGUGUCCCGUGACGCCACCGCGUCCCCGGGUCAAGCCCAUCCGGUUGGCAGCAACACCAAAGCAGUUUUGUCCAACUCUGGCCCCGAGGGGACAAUAUUUUAUGAUGUUCAUAUUUUUUACUACACCUGGUACGGCAACCCACAUAUGGACGGCAAAUACAUUCAUUGGGACCACAUCCUUGUUCCACACUGGGACCCCAAAAUCGCAUCCAGCUACCCGAGAGGGAGACACAUGCCGCCCGAGGACAUCGGCUCCAGUUUCUACCCCGAACUUAAUCCGUACAGCUCGAGGAACCCGGACGUGUUGGAGUCCCACAUGGAGCAGAUCGGGGCAUCUGCAGCAGGGGUUCUGGUCCUGUCGUGGUAUCCUCCCGGCUUGGCUGACGACAAUGGUGAACCCACUGAGGAUUUGGUACCAGCUGUACUGGAUGCUGCAUACAGACACAACCUCAAGGUUGCAUUUCACAUCCAACCAUACAGAGGACGAAACGACCAGAGUGUGCAUGACAACAUCAAGUACAUCAUUGACAGGUACGGUGACCAUGGAGCCUUCUACAAGUUUACUUCCACCACAGGGAAAAGUCUUCCCCUAUUCUACAUCUAUGACUCCUACCUGACUCCUCCUGAGUCCUGGUCUGAAUUCUUGACUCCCACGGGCUCCCACAGCGUGCGCGGCUCAGCCUAUGACUCCAUCUUCAUUGCCCUGAUUGUGGAGGAGCGUCACAAGCAUGACAUCCUCGCAGGUGGCUUUGAUGGCAUGUACACUUACUUUGCUUCCAACGGUUUCUCCUUCGGCUCCUCUCACCAGAACUGGAAGGCCAUCAAAGCUUUUUGUGACGGUAACAAUCUCCUCUUCAUCCCCAGCGUUGGACCUGGUUAUAUCGACACCAGCAUCCGGCCGUGGAACAACCACAACAUGCGCAACAGGGUGAACGGUCGUUACUAUGAGACGGCCCUGCAGGCGGCGCUGAAUGUGAGGCCAGACGUUGUCACUAUUACAUCUUUUAAUGAGUGGCACGAGGGGACACAGAUAGAGAGGGCCAUGCCCAAAAAAACUGUGACCCGUGUGUACUUGGACUACCAGCCACAUGGACCCGAUCACUACCUGGAGUUGACCCGCCGCUGGGCGGAGCAGUUCAACAAAGAGAAGGAGCAGUGGCUCAUGUGAGCUUUUAUCGAUCGGACUUGAAACAGCAUGCACAAGUGUGUGUACACAUGAAGGAGAAUAAACAAAUGAUAGGGGAGUGAAUGUAGAGACCAAUUAUUAUUAUUAAAAGGUUAUUCUGGGGAAUUUGUUCCGUUGACAGCCCAGAGUCCUUAAAUGGGUCUCUGUUCACUUAAUGCAACUUAAUGCAACUUAAUCAACGAUUGUCUCAAACACAGCGAGAAAACUGUCACCACAUAACUGAACGACCUGAGACGUAUGAUCCUUGUUUCCUUCUCUGCAGUUAAAUAAUAGAUUUGAUUACAAUAGCCAGACACUUUUAUGGUUUUGCUUUCAUUCACAAUUGGCUGUCAUUCCGAAUGAGACACUAAUGUUGAUCUUUGAAAGCAAAUGUUUAUUUCUUGAUAGGUCAAACUAUUGCUUUAAGAGUCAAAUGUGUUUUUUGUGACACAUUUUGGUUUGACGUAACAUUUUCCAAUAGGAUUUUGUAUCAUUUCAGACAGGUUGUUAAAGCAUAGUUACACUAAACUUGGCCUUAAGGUUGUAAAAACAGUCCAAAUUUUUGAAAUUUGAGUUUUGUUGUAAUUCCCUUUAAGGAAAGCCACAUUCACGGCGGGCACACACACACAACCUUCUGUCACUUAAAAACAAAAUAAUCAGAAGUUAAAAAGUUAAAGCGAGGCUCAAUGUUUGAGUGUCUAUAUGAAUAAAAAUGUACCACUUGCUGGAUCAAUCAAUCUGCUAUAUGGAUUUGUGUGAUUUAGAUUGAUGAAAUCCUGCUGUCUAUUAAAGUAAAAGGUACUUUCACACAGGCAUUUUUAAGAAUAAAACUAUGCUUUGGGUGUGAAGGGCA